AUUACAGUGUGCUGAGCAUCCUUCCGUAGAGCUUCCAGCAGCAGCAGCGGCGGCACCAACAUCAUCUCAGAGCAGAGCGCACAAGUACGGAGGCAACAAGAGGCUUUACUAUCACCUUUACAGGGGAAGUGUCAAACAGCAGUCACAUUUACUGACACUGGUGUAAACAGUCACACAACAGUCCGCAAUUACAUCUUCCAAUGCGGCUGGAAAACAUGGGACGGUCGUUUUACGCAUUACUGGUGUUUCUCAUCUGCUCCCUUGUUCAGACAAAUGCAUUGACAACAUGUGGAGCCACACAGUUCCAGUGUGGGAACGGGAGAUGCAUCACGAUCAGAUGGGUGUGUGAUGGCACAGAUGACUGCGGAGAUGGCACAGAUGAACUUCCUGGUACUUGCUUGGCCAAAACAUGCAGACCAACCGAGUUCAGUUGUUCGGACCGCCUAAACCAUUGUAUACCAAGUAGUUGGCGCUGUGAUGGAAAAGCUGACUGUGAGAAUGGAGCGGAUGAAGAAAGCUGUGCGCCCAAGCAGUGCACAGACACAGAGUUCCGCUGCAGGAAUGGCCAAUGCGUGUCAUCCUCAUUCGUGUGCGAUGACGAAGCAGACUGUGAUGAUGGCAGUGAUGAGGCCUCUUGCCCACCUGCUACCUGUAACUCUGCGUCCUUCCAGUGCAACAACACCCUCUGCAUUCCUCGCCUGUGGUCCUGUGACGGUGACGCCGACUGCCUCGACGGCUCAGACGAAUGGCCCCAGAACUGUGGUUCAGGAGGACAUACGUCUUCUCCUGCCCACCACUGUUCAGCGCUGGAGUUCCGCUGUGGCAGUGGAGAGUGCAUCCAUAGCAGUUGGAAAUGUGACGGAGGAGCUGACUGCCUCGAUCGAUCAGACGAAGCUAACUGUGCUCAUCCCACCUGCCGUCCUGAUGAGUUUGAAUGUGGUGAUGGCACUUGCAUCCAUGGAAGCCGCCAGUGCAAUCAGCAAUACGACUGUAGGGACAUGAGUGACGAAAUUGGCUGUGUCAAUGCGACCCACUGUGAGGGCCCAACCAGGUUCAAGUGCCGCAGCGGGGAGUGUAUUAGCAUGGAAAAGGUGUGUGACAAGCAGCGUGAUUGCAGGGAUUGGUCAGAUGAGCCUCUUAGGCAAUGUGGUUCCAACGAGUGCCUGUACAACAAUGGUGGUUGCUCUCAUAUCUGCAAUGACCUUAGGAUUGGCUACGAGUGCAUGUGUCCCACCGGAUACAGACUAGUUAACAACAAACGCUGUGAAGAUAUUGAUGAGUGUGCCAACCCGGACACCUGCAGCCAGAUCUGCAUCAACCAGAUAGGCAGUUACAAAUGCGAGUGUGAGGAAGGUUACCAAGUUGACCCAGCAACCAAAGCCUGCAAAGCCAUCGGUACAGUAGCCUACCUUUUCUUCACCAACCGUCAUGAAGUCAGAAAGAUGACUUUGGACAAAAGUGAGUACACCAGGGUUAUCCCCCGUCUAAAGAACGUUGUGGCUCUGGACAUGAACAUGGCUACCAAAGAGAUAUACUGGUCAGACAUCUCCCAAAAGAAGAUCUACAGAACUCAGAUGGACUCGGCAGAAGACUCCACUCAGCACACCGUAGUGAUUGGUAGUGACAUCGAUGCUCCUGAGGGCAUUGCCUUCGACUGGAUCCAUGGUAACCUGUACUGGACUGACAGUGUCCGCAGCACCAUCUCUGUGGUAACCGCUAACGGGAGCCGUCGCAAAACUCUCUUCCAGCGAGACUUAUCUAAACCCCGCGCUAUUGUGGUCGACCCCCACAGCAACUUCGUGUAUUGGACUGACUGGGGAAAUCCUGCUAAAAUUGAGAAGGGAGGUUUAAACGGAGCAGACCGCAGUGCUCUGGUCACCGACAACAUUGUGUGGCCUAAUGGAAUUACACUUGACCUGUUGAACCAGCGGCUCUACUGGGUGGACUCUAAGCUGCACACCCUCUCCAGUAUCGAUGUGCAGGGCGGUGGUCGACGCACCCUCAUCAUUGACGAGCACAUGCUGAGUCACCCGCUGGGCCUCACAGUGUUUGAGGAAAGACUUUUCUGGACAGAUGUCAGUAAUAACGCCAUUCUGAGUGCAAACAGGGUGACUGGUGGAGACAUUAUACCAGUGGCGGAGCAUCUGGCAUCACCAGAAGACAUUAUUCUCUACCACAACCUCAAACAGCCUACUGGCAGGGAUUGGUGCCAAGUGUCCAAUGGUGGCUGUGAAUUCUUGUGCCUGGCAGCUCCUCAAGUGGGCAGACAUCCCCCCAAAUAUACAUGUGCCUGUCCAGAUAACAUGAUGCUAGCAAGGGAUAUGAGGAGAUGUGUACCAGCUGUGCCGACCACUGCAGCUCCUGUUCAGCCUCGAGUUAUGACUACUGAACCACCUCGACUGCCACCAGUACCAGCCACGAACACACCCAGACCUCAGGUCCGCACCACCACAGUGCCCAUUGUAAUCACCAGCACUGUGGCUAAGCCAGUGCCUCGCACCACCAAGCCUUUAAUCAGGACCACCACACCUCAACCUAGGACCCAUUCACACCAGCCGACAACACCAAAAGUCACCCAUAUCACCACAGAUGCUCCAGUCACUUCUUCAGAUAUCCGACAUGAAAUGGCAGCAGCUAUACCCAAGACUGCCUCCACCACCCCGAUAGCUUUGUAUAUCAUUUUACCUCUAGCGAUCCUUUGUUUAGUGGCUGUUGGUGGUGUGCUGCUAUGGAGGAACUACAGGCUGAAGAACACCAACACGAUCCACUUUGACAACCCAGUCUAUCAGAAAACCACUGAGGACCAAGUGCACAUUUGGAGGAACCACAGCAGCGAUGGUUACACCUACCCAAAAAGACAAGUUGUAAGCUUGGAUGAAGAGGCGGACAAUCCAGCUUUCACAGAAAACUGAAAAAAGUUGGCCAGAGUGGAGAGAAGAGCCUCAGUGAUAAGCUAUCUUGGACGUCCGUGUAUUUUUACCUCACAUAGCACAAAGAUAUGGAAGUCAAAGCCAGUAUCAGACAAGCUGAAACCACUAUAUCCUCACAGGCGAACAAGUGCUCUACAAUGGAAAAACCAGGGUGAAACAUUUUUGUUUAGGUGCGCUUUUUUCCCCCAUCGAGUAAACAGUUGACAAUCAAUUCCUCACCAAAACAUACCAAAUUAUCAGAUGUUGGAUCCCUCGAUCUACUGUUCUUCAUUCUUUAUUCUAACUGUGAUGCUGAUGUUACAACUAGAGAACUGUGUCAUUUUUAUAGCCACAUAAUGUCUUCCUUUUCUUCCAUCAGUUUAACUGAGCUCAUUUGAUGCAACAUAUAAUAGUGAAUUUCCCUUGUUUUAGAUAGAUUUCAGAAAUAAGGUGAACAUAUCACAGUUUUAUUAUUUUUGUCUUGUGACGAGAUGAUUAAACAUAAUUAUAUCUUGCACUAUUUAUAGUUUAAAGGAAUAGUUUGGCAUUUUGGGAGAUUCGCGUAGGCCUAGAAUUAGAUGAGAAGUUUGAUACCACUCUAAAAAUGAAGCUAGCUUAGCUUAGCAAAAAGCCUGGAAGCAAGGGGGAGACAGCCAUCCUGGUUCUGUCCGAAAAGUAAAAGACAAAAAAAGCCAAUACAAGAACCUCUAAAGCUCAGUUAGCAGAGUUACAUGCUAUAGCUAUUUAAUGGUGACCAACAAAUAGCAAUAGCAGUGACCUUCUGGGGAGUCCAACCUCCCAUGAAACUACAACUUAUCUUUUCAACAAUCUGGUUUGUGUUUGGAUUAAUCAAAUGAGACAUAAAUGAUUAAUUAGUGAGCUUUAGAGAUAUGCUGUUUAUUUUUGAUGUUUUAGAGAGACCCAGGCUAGCUAUUUUCCAGUUUCCAGUCUUUAUGCUAAGCUAUGGUAAUGGCCUUACAGCUCAAACACAAAAGUGGAAUCAAUCUUAUCAUCUAGCUCUUGGCAAGAACAGCAAUAGAUUUAUUUCCCAAAAUGUCUAACUGUUAAUUUACUUCUCUUUGUUUAUUGGACACAAAAAAUGGGAAGUUUUUUUUAAACUAUUGGGUUUAUGGAAUAAUAUGUCCUCGGACAAGUGGCAUGGCACUGACAAUCUGAUCCUGAGGUUUUAUCCCUAGACAAACACUAACACUAAAAUUGAGUAGGUGAAUGUAUGUAGUGAAUUCUGCAAGUGCCAAUUUAACCAGUAUGACCUCAAACAGCCUUUGCAUUACGUGUAUGUGUGUAAUUCUUUGAGUUUCACACCAGCCAUCACCAUAUUAGUGGAGCAAAAAUAUCAUCCAAAGGGACCUAAAGUCAUUACUGUAACUAACCUCAAAAAACACACCACACACUGUGUUUGUGCCUUGAGUAUUGUACUCUUCAGAUUUCACAUAUCACCAUAUGUCUUUUGAGCUGACCAGCUGGUUAAAAUGUCCUCCAUCAGCCAUCUGGUAGGCACCUUUUCAGCUUAUUCCUUCUGAGUUGUGACUGGGGGUCUGUUUUUAGAGCCAUCCUUAAAUUUCCCUCUCCCGUGCCCCUCUCAGGAGAACCUAUACAUUCCUUGAAAAACAGAAUAGCUUUGAUGCAAUCACGUGUUACCAGUGAAGCCGUGCCUAAUGUUCUGUGCUGAGACACGUGUAUAUAUACAUCCUCCCACAGGACGAGAACUUCACCUUGCCUUAUUCAAGCAUUCCUAACAGAAGGAAACCAUGUGCCCUGCUAUGGUUUUAAAAACACAGUUGUCCAUAGCUGUUCAAGCUAAUGUUCUCUUUGUGAUUUUUGACAAAUAUGUGCCUUUUUAAUGACAUAUUUUACUCAAAUAUUCAUGUUGGUGCUAUUGAACUCAGUGGAUUUGUAUAAAAUCAAUGUGUCUACCUGUUUACAAAGAGAUGUUUAAGGGAUGUGGCAGUGUUACAUGCAGGUGAGGUUACACCUAUAACAAAGAUGUGAUGUGGGUAAAUGACCAUCAUGAGGCUUUUUAGGUAAAGAAACAAAUUCAUAAGUGCUAGUGAAGCUGUACAUAUAGAAGAAGUCAUUUCACAUUCAUAGACUAACAGUGCAGAUUUAAAUGUGUGUAAAUAUAAUGUUCAUAAAUGUAAAUAUUUUAUUCUUUACUGUUUUUUGGUAAUGAUGUGAGCGUUUUAGCCUUUGUUGUAAACUUGAAACAUUUGCUGUACAUAAAUAAAUGCUUCUAUUUAUUAUAG